AUGCUGAACUUUAACAGAUGUCUUCAUGACACUGCAACUAGAUAUGCUAGAACAAGAUUCACCAUCCCGAAACCUAAACCCAUCCCAUCCUCAAACCCAAGGAAACCCACUCAAACAACUCACUAUUUGAAAAAUUUAGAAGUGACUCCUCCCAUUCCUCCAUCCACAGCAAACAAACAAUUCCAUAUAUCCGAUACUCAUCCACUUUGGCAAUUUUUCCAUACAAACAUUAAGGACAAUAAGAAAUCGCACGAUUACAUUACACCCCCAUCACAACUAGACACCCAAUCAAGAUCAUGGUCCAUCACAGAGUUAAGAAGAAAAUCAUUCAAUGAUCUACAUUCAUUAUGGUACGCAUGUCUAAGACAACGUAACAUCUUCGCAAGAGAAAUGCAUUUGAUAAACACAGAAACUUCAUCAAACAAAAAUAAUCAUGUUCAUUCAUUACAACAAAUUAAUGAAAAAUGUAGAGUGACCAUGUGGAGAAUUCGUCAUGUAUUAAGUGAAAGAGAUUAUGCAUUCAGAAUUGCUCGUAGUACUACCACCAACAAUGUGAUUGAUCAAUUAAGUGAACAAGUGGAAACAACGGAACAAUUGGAAAGAUUCCAAUAUGCUGUCUUUGGUAUAUCGGAAAUUAUUAGUGAAAAUGUUAUCGAUAGGAAAUUCAUUGAUGGAUUGAAAUAUAUAACGAAUUUGAAACUAAAAAUCUUAGCAAAGAAACAUGACACAUUGAAUGAAAAAUUAGUUAAUGACCUUCAACUGAACUAUAGAGAUAACACUUCUUCCAUGGGUAUCAAUGACCUUGCGGAAGCUUUCAUUGUCUUUAUUGCAGAAUUCGACCUGGAAAGUUCCAUUGAAGCUUGUGACGCUAUCAAGGAAUUAAGAUCAGAUCCAAAGAAUAAAAUUUCAAAAUAUGAUGAAUUAGAAACUAUCUCAAAAUAUAUUAAACAAUUGAAGGAAUCAUCGUCCUCGCAAGAUGAAGUAGAAGUAACUCCUGAGGCUAUUUAA